AAAUGGAUACGACAAUUUAAAAAGAAGUUUUAAUAAAAGAAGCAUAUAAAGAAUCUGUUCAAACUAUUAAUGGGGAUCUAAAUUAAAAUUAUGAUGAGUUAACAAAGCUUAAUUCAUUUGAGGAAUUGAAAGAAAAAAUCGUGAAAAAAAACAACUUAUUAAGACAUAGUUUUACCGAUGAUAUAAACUUAUAUAAAAUAAAAAAUGAAAGACUGAUGUUCACAAACCAAUUUAUUAAUACAAUUCAUAUAGCCUAUUAUCAUCAUUUUCCGUUGUGUUUUAGUCCAGAUGACAUAUAAUUACUUAUUAUUCAAGGAUUCUGCACACAUAUAAAACUUCAUGCUGAAAAAUAUAGAAAUAAAUUCGUCAAUUUUUAAGGAUAACAGCAGUUAAAAAUUAUAGUAAAUGAAUUAGAUAGAAUUGAGGAUUAUAAAUGGGAAGAAUUUCCUAAUACAUUCUCUAAAUUAAUAAAAGAUUAAAUAGGAUAAGAGAGGUAUAAGCUUUGUGUACAUAAGUAUACAACAACUAAUGAUGUAGCAUAAGUUUGUUAUGAAGUAAGUUUAAUGGAUACUAUGCAAAAAUAUUUUAAAUAUGUAGUUGGAGCUGGAUGUGGAAUUUCAAAGAUAAAGCUUUUAGGUACACUCUAAGAUUGGCAAUAAUUAAGAUAAAAUGUGGAACCCUUAAGAGAAUUUGAUUUAGAUUGGUGGAUUAAGGAAAUCAUUCCAAUAUUAGAUUAAUUUAUCAAUUUAUAUUAGGGUAAUGUAGAUAAGAAUUUUUGGGAAAAUAUAUAUAGAUUUUAGCAUCCAGAUCCUAAAAUUUAUGAUCCAAGGCCAGGAUUCGCAACUGGAUGGAUUACAUACUUUUUUCCAUAUAGAGUAAAUGAAAAUGCAAGUAUUAAUGACAAAGAACCCUUUGUUAAAAAUGAAUUCUCUAAGACUUGGGAUAAAUUCCAAGAAAUAUUUCCAGAAUAAUUUCCUUCAGGUGUAUCAAAAGCUCCUGUAACUCUUGAAUGGCAAAGAAAAGAAAUACCAAUUCAAUUUUGCUCUGGAUAUUUUGGUAUUACUCUAUUAGAUAAUACAUUUUUAAAACCUCAAUUAGGAUGGGCCAUAUUGGAACUUAAUUUAUCUAAAGUUUAAUAAACUAAAUAGUCAUAGAAAUAAUAAUAACUGAUUCCAAAAGUUAUUUAGAAACCUACUUAAAAGCCCAUUUAAGCUUAGCUACAAAAACAACCAGCUUAGCCAACUUAAAAACCUAUAUAAGAUUAAAAAUAACAGCCUAUUAAAUCAACUUAAAUUAAAUAGAACACUGUCACAUCAAAUCCCAAAAAGGAAACUUCAAAAGUUAAUUAAUCUAAUUCAAAACCAAUUUAACCAAAAGAGUUUAAUUUUUAACCAAAUCUCAGCAAAAAGAAGUGA